AUGCUGAGUCGCCGAUUCUUGGGUUCGUUCCUCAGGAAUAGCACUGCUUCUCGUUUCGCUAUGGUGACGCAGAGUAAACGGAACAAUUCGUCUUACCUCUUGAAGGCUGUGGAUACGGAUGAAAAUGAGCGGCUCAACAUCCAACAUCGCAUGUGUAUGCAUAUGCUUCAGGAGGACAUCCUCCACCCUUCUAUUCCUAAAAGGCUUGAGCGGGUGGCAGAUAUCGCGACUGGGAAUGGAACAUGGUUGUACGACAUAAAGGAAGCUCGUAAAAAGGAGCCAAAAUCGAGUGCUAUUAGCACUAAAUACCACGGCUUUGACCUCACCCCUGAGCUGUUUCCCAAGCCGGACUCACCUCGAAAAGUCGCUGAUAUCGACUUCACUGCGCACGACUUCUACAAACCUUUCCCCGAGGAACAUAUCGGGAAAUACGACCUCGUACACGCCAGACAUCUCAUUCUCGCGGUAGAAGGUGCAGACUUGAUACCCGCCACGAAACAUAUUACCUCUCUCUUAAAACCCGGCGGCUACCUCCAAUGGGAAGAAUACGACUUCCAACACCAACUAGACAACUGCCACCCCUGCAAACUGACGACAACCUGGAUAACGAUCCUAAACUGGGUCGGGGAGCGGUACAGCCUGACAUUCUCCGACAAAGUGCGGGACGAGGUCGCCGCUGCUGGUCUCGAGAUCCUGGAAAAGAAACAGUUCACCACCCGGGGAUUACCAUUCAAUGAAGACCACCGGCUUACCAUGCUUUUGUCUUUCCAUACCGGCGUUCCCAGGAUGUGUUUGAAGGCAAAGGGGAGGAGUGAUGAGGAGAUUGAGAAGGUUUAUGCAGAAUGCUUGGAGGAGUUGGAGCGUGGGGUUGUUUUGGAUUAUUAUAUGUCUAGGGUUGUGGCUAGGAAGCCAGUUAAUUAG